AUGGCGUCGGGGAAACUACCGGUGCUGACCAUAUCCCCGGCAGAUCGGGGGAAUUCCGAGAGAGAAAUGCAAGUGCAAGUAGCAGAAUCGGGAGAAAUAGCUAGCGCAGCGGAAGUUAGGGGUGAAAACACUGAACGAGGCGGAAAACGGACUACGCAGAACGAGGCAAAGAAGCGAGUUUCUAAAGGAGCGGAGACGGCUUUAAAAGAAAAUUUGGCGACGGGACGAUCGAAUGUAGCGUUUGGGGAGGAAGUUGCACCAAUGGUGCAAUCUACGACGGCCUUCUUUGGCACAGAUGACGUAUCAAUCCACUCAGCGCGUCUGUUCAACCUCAGCCGGAAGAUACAGGCAGUGCCCGGCAGAUUCCCUUCCACACCCUACAAGGUCCAGCACAAAACAGCCAAUGACUCAUUCAUGCUCGCAGACGACCUUUGCCGUGCCUUCAAAUUCGGCAUCAGUUCCGUCUUCUCCUCUGUGCGAGACGACGACACCACAAUACAGGCACUGGACUCAUUCACGCGUGCAUUCGACGUACCACAUGUCACUCUGGCUUCCAAGAACUUCGUGCCCAAACUGUUCCAGAUGACGGGAAGGGGUCAAACUGGGAAUACGUUCCAGUUGAUGCCGCAUAUUGAGAAGGCUGUGUUUGAUUACAUGUAUUUCAAUAACUGGACAAGCGCUGUUGUGUUCUACGACGACGACAUUGUGAACGACAACUUCAGACAUGCUUCGACUCUGUUCAUGCGGCAGGAGAUGGCGAUGGAGGUGAAACACGUGACCUCUCUCAGGUCAGCGAAGAGGUACUUGUCAGACUACCAACAGGCAGGCAGGAAUGAGGAGACUAGUGGGGCCAACUUCCUCCUGCUGACGUCACCUGACACCACUUAUCUCAUUGUGAAGCUGGCAGAGGAGUUGCAGAUGUUGAACAGAUUUAACAACUAUCUCAUUGCAGACACGAGAGUGUCAUGUGGGAAUAUGCACUUUAUGAUCACUGGUCAACUGAAUGUAUUCUGCUUCCGCCACCUUAUGCCCAAAGAGUCCCAGAUCCAGUUCGCCAAACUCAAGGCCGAAAUGAUCAAACUGAUGGGAACGUCUUCGGCUAAACGCACAGACCCAGAUGAACCGACGAAAGAUGAUAACGAUGGAAUUCUUCUCACUGAUUAUGAGCUUGCACUUCUUGCCGACUUCCACUUAAUAUUCUACAAAAUAUACGCAAAUCCCAUAGUCUCUGAAGCCCUAGAAAAGUUCAGCCCGAGGUCGCGAAGGUUCCGAACACCUCCCUACGGUCAAAGUAAGCCCUGCCUGGACCUCGAAAUUAGUCCACUAGCUGGGUGGAUAAUUGCAGACCAAUUGAAAAAGUUAAAAAUGGCAGGAUUCUCUGGAAAUAUUGAAUUCGACUCAGCUUCUGGUUUGAGGAAAAAUUUCGGACUCGACAUUGUCCAAGCGAACGCGGCGACUAAAACAUUGAUGACAAUCGGCUACUGGAAUGACAGUACGGGUUUCAAGGUUAUCGAAAAAGAGGCAGAGGAAGAACCUUCGAAGACGCAAAUUAAGAACUCAGUUAUAAGAGUCGUCACCAUCGUAACAGAACCAUUCACUAUGUUCAAACAGGGAGUCAGUACUGAAAAUCGGAAUGGCACGGAAAAUUUCGAAGGUUUUUGUAUCGACAUGCUAAUAGAAAUAGCUAAAGAGACUAAUAUGACUUUUGAACUGCAUCUUGUUCACGAUGGAAAAUACGGCGAGGAGUUGAGAAACGGGUCCUGGAACGGAAUGAUUGGAGAGUUGAUGAGAGGUCAAGCUGACAUCGCGAUUGCACCAUUGACAAUAUCUUCGGAACGACAACGCGUCGUGGACUUUACCAAGCCAUAUAUGGACGUCGGUGUGAGCAUCAUGAUGAGAAUCCAAGAAAAAGAGAAAAAUAUGUUCUCGUUUUUGAUUCCACUCCAAACAGAUAUCUGGAUGUGUAUAAUUCUGUCUUACAUUUCGGUCAGUGUAGUUUACUUUGUCGUGAGCCGAAUCAGUUUACGAGCCUGGCUAAGACCCGAGGAGCGAGCGAAUCAAGACGAAGACUUCAAAUACACUUUGUCGAACUGUUUUUUCUUAACCCUAGGAGCUGUUUUGCAACGAGGUGAAGAUAUGUGUACAAAAGAAAGCCCUGUUUCUUCACGUAUUGUUGGGGGAGGGUGGUGGUUUUUCACGCUGAUUAUAAUCAGCAGCUAUACAGCUAACUUGGCAGCAUUUCUGACAGUUGACCGGAUGAAGACUCCGGUUAAUGGAGCGGACGACUUGGCGGCUCAGACCGCGAUUGAGUAUGGUACCCUGGAUUCGGGGUCGAGUAAGUCUUUCUUCAAGACGUCUCAGAUUGGAUCGUAUCAGAGAAUGUAUAAAUUCAUGGAAGAUCGUGACACCUUCAAGCCAUCAGUGCAAGAUGGAGUUGAUGCGGUGCGCGAGAACCAGAACUACGCAUUCCUGCUGGAGUCCACGAUGAACGAGUACCACAACCAACAACUGCCCUGCAACACACGCCAGAUAGGCAACAACCUCAACUCCAAGAACUACGGCAUCGCCACCCCCUCUGGCUCUGUGCUGCUGAACCAGUUGACGGUGGCUAUUUUGGUGCUGAUGGAGAGGGGGUUCAUUUCGGAGAGGAAGAACUACUGGUGGUAUGAGAAGGGGGCCUGUCAGUUCAAGAGGAACGCCGCAUCGAGUGAGAAUGCGAAUGCACUGGAGAUAGGAGACGUGUGGGGAGUGUUCUACAUUCUGAUUGGUGGAUCUCUGUUCGGAUUCUGCGUAUGUGUAGUCGAGUUCGUAGUCGUGUCCAUUCACCAGUCCAGGAGACUCAAGAUUCAAUUGACCACUGUUAUGCGUGAGAACUUUGUGCACUGUGCACGCUCCAUGGUCUGUUCACUGCCAGAACCCGAUCUUCCAUCACCCCCCGACUCCCUUCCCCCCAUUUAUCCAAUGCCCUCCUACAACCCAGCUUCCAUCGACGCUCUGAACCGAAGCCUAUAUACGAAUACGAAUGUCGUCACAGAAGAGGAUUUGAGUUUGCUCGACUUAGAUAAAUCACAGUUUUUGCAAAUUUGAGUUUUAAGUAUACGAUUUCGACGCAUCCGCUAUCACGGAACUUAUCAUCCAAGUUAUGUUAAUUAUUAAUUUUAUAUCCAGUUGCGAUUAGCAUGUAUUCUAUUCGUAAAUUUUUUUCCAAUUAUUUAUGAUGAAUUCAUAAAGAGAUAGAUUAUGACAGGAAUAACUCAAGACUAAUAACAUUUGCUAAAAAGGGCGAUUGGCCUAGUUCGGAAAAUUUUUGCAAACAAAAAGAUUGUUUUCAGGCUAAAAUGUGUUUAUCAAAAAUAUGUCUUGCCUGAGUAUCAAUCUCUUGAUUUUCUCUGAGGCGAUUUCGACUUGCCAAAAAAUAUUUGACUCAAAAGUCAACUGAGCAGCUAUUCGCUGAUAAUUUGUUCACCAUGAUCAAAUAUAUGGGCAAAAAUUUCGUGACAAACCUAAUUGCUAGUAUUUUUCGAAGUUGCAGAUUGGCGCUUGCAAAACGCUUUUUCAUUACAACUAAAAUGAGGCAAUCUAAGAAAAAGCAAGGCACUAACAUUGUUUUAGAAUAUCAUUUUCAG